AUAUAUCUUUUUUGUAAAUAAACUCCCACCAUCAUCAUAAUAAUAUUCAAGCUUCCCCCUUUUCCCACCUGACCGAUGGAAAGCCCACCGCCUCUUCCGCCGCCGGUGGAUGCUGACGUCAUCUCCACCUUCAACCCAACAACCGCCGAUUCAAACUCAACCGUUGAAAAACACACCAAACAAAACACCACGUGCACAGUUACCAAGAAAAAGAACAAGAACAAGAGGAAUGGCGUCAACAAAUCUCACAUCGACGUCACUGCUGACCCACCACAAGGAUCGGUGAAUUCGGGUUCAUCAUGUUCUUCAACGUCGAAUGUAUUGCAUUCAAGAACAAAAGGUGUUCGUGUGUCAAAUAAUCGAAGAAACCCUAGAGUUUUUAGCGGCGGGUUGAGACGACGGAAUGGUGGUGAGGCGGAUGCGCUUGCGCUUCCUCUUGGAAUGUCGAUUGCUGCUUUUGUUGUUCAGGUGUUGGAAAAGAAAGAUGCAACUGGAGAAAAGAUGUCUGCAGAUCAUCUCUCUGAGAUUUGCACUUUGGCGGUAAAAGAAUCAUUGUCCAAUGUCUUUGGUGACAAAUUCGACUCCUUUGUAAGUAACUUCGAAAGAUCAUUUCAAAGCACUUUGAUGACACUCAGAGUAAUCAACGAAUCGUCAGGAAACCGAGAAAGAUCGUAUCUGCACGGGGAAAGCAGUUCAGACGAUUUUCAUUUCAAUAUGAAAGAAAACACAUCCACAAGUAAUCUUCAAGAACAAGCAACCGUUGGUUCAGAUGAAGAGAAUAAUGUACAUAGAUAUCCUAUUUACAAUGAGCUUGCAGUCGUUGAUGACUCAAUAAGUGGUCAAAAUAGUCAACAGCUAGCGUGUGUUCCUCCAAACCGACUGCAUUCUGGAGUUAGUUAUAGCCAGUCGUCUGCACUUACCACUUUUGAACGAUCUGUAAGCGAACAAGCCCGCUCUAACGAUCUUAAAGCAUUAGAAAUUAGUCUUAGUUUAAAAAAGAUGAGACUAAAAGAAGCACAGCUUGCCGUUGAUUGUGAUUCAAAUGUUUUAGAGAGGUUUAAGUUAUCAAUGGGAAUCUCAAAAGCUAAUUUUAGAGCCGAAAAGUUUAAAACGGAGUUACAAGAUUCGAGACACGCUCAAUUGCUUAAACGGUGCGUUGAUUGUCUUGUUGCUGGUUUGUUGAUUAUGGUUGCGUGUCUUGCUUAUGGAACGUACGUUCAUUCGUAUCAAAGACUCGUUGAAGCUAACGAAUCAUGUAUGCUCAUCAAGGAAUCAAGUUCAUGGUGGACCCCAAAAUCAGUCUCAUCUUUCAGUUCGGGGUUUCAAAUCCUUCGGUGUCAAGUUCAAGUUGUAACCCGAAUGCUAUUCGGCAUAUUAAUGAUUAUCGCAAUCACAUUUCUACUCGUUCAACGCUCGGGAACUAUGAAUCAAACAAUGCCGGUUACAUUCAUACUUCUACUACUCGGUGUCGUGUGCGGUUUUGCAGGAAAAUUUUGCAUAGACACAUUGGGAGGAAGUGGGGCCCAUUGGCUUUUAUUCUGGGAAAUUCUUUGUUUGGUACAUUUAUUUGCAAGCCUUUGUACCUCAAUGUUGUUCCUUAUUCUUCAUGGGCCCGUUACCGUGGUUGACCAGUCAACGACGCGUAUGUUGUUCCCGUACUGGUUAAGACGGGUGGUGUUUUAUAUCGCGUUGUUCCUCCUGCCGUUGCUAUGUGGCUUGGCGCCGUUUGCUGGGGUUGGUGAGUGGCUUAAGCAUUUUGUAUCGCUGGUGGUUGGUCGUGUGUCUGAAUGAAUGUUUGUUGAUUACUAUGUGUUUCUUGUGGUGUUUUAUUUAUGUUUUGCGGUUGGUUCUGUGCUUGUAAUGUUGUGUUUGUAUGUUUAUAGUUAUUGUGGUCGGAAUUCGACCAACUGCUAAUGAUAAUUGGAAGAUGUGUUUUGUUAAGUGAGUGUUUUGUCUUUGUGAUC